AUGUCUUCCGUGCCGUCUUUUCCGGAGCCGCAUGCCCCUGUCCCUUUCACCUACAACGACGACCGGGCGAUCCUGCCGUCGGCAUCGACACACAUCAGACUUCUCGAACUCUAUCCCUCGUCAGGAAUAGGACCUGAACCUGCAUCUGCUGCUGCAAUCCGAACAGACGAAGGCGACAGCGACGCCCACUUCUCGAGCCCGCUCGUGUGCGAAAUCUCCAGCACCCCGGUUGCCACGCCGCGGCUAUUCAAGGCACUCUCGUACACCUGGGGGGGCCCAGACAAGACGCACACCAUCGAAAUCUCAGGGUCGCGCCUCGGCAUCACGGCCUCGCUCGAUGCGGCUCUGCGACACCUUCGAAGUAGAGACGAGAAGGUCACGAUUUGGAUCGAUCAGAUAUGCAUCAACCAGGACGAUGCCGCGGAGAAGACUGAACAGGUUCCGCUGAUGACGCAAAUCUACAGCAAAGCGCAGCAGGUCCUCGUGUGGCUCGGGCCAGCGCAGGACGAGUCUGACGCCCUCAUGGAUUGUUGGGAGGAGAUCGGGCGAGGUGCGCGCGAGUUGGAUAUCGAGAGUUACUUCAACAGAGAGCGCUUGCCACUGCUGAGACCUCUGCUGGAGAAUCGUGACCCGGAGGAUGAACUGACGAGGAGAUUCCAAGCUCUGAUUGCCAAAGCUCUGCCCAUGGUCACUAAGCUUCUUCAGGCCGUCAUAGCCUGGAACGACAGGCUUUGGUUUGGCCGAGUAUGGAUCAUUCAGGAGCAGGCCCUAUCCCCUGACACAGUGUUUGUGUGCGGCUCAAAGGUAGUGGAUGUUGACCUGUUUUUUCUGGCUGGAAUGAUAUUCGACCACUGCUUCGGUAGAGUUGCUGAGCAGAAUGAGCUCCCUCGACAACAGCACCAACUCCUUCUCACUGCUCAAGAUCGCCGUGUUGGCCCCCUAUUGGCCAUCCGCCGUAGACAGCGCAACUACGUCAAAGGCGCGGGGCCCGGAGAUGAUCUCUUCCACCUCCUGAGAAAGACAUACAUCGACGGCAACGCCCAGGCGACCCUCCCCAGAGACAGGAUCCAUGGUCUCCUAAGCAUCGCCGUGGACGCAGAUCGCCUUGGCAUUACCCCGGACUACAAACGCCCAGACUGCCAUCCCACCUUCGUCGAGACAGCCCGCGCUCUCAUCCAGGCAGGUCGCGUCGAGAUCCUCUCCUUCUCGCAGAUGCCAAAGGACAUUGACGGCCUGCCGUCCUGGGUCCCGGAUUGGCGACCCGGACUGACUCGCUCCUUCACGGCCAUCUACGACGAUGCCGAGAAGUUCCUUACGGCUGCGGCGGGAGACAGCACUGUCGAGAUCGUGCACACGGACGACUCGUCUAUGCUCGGGAUAUGCGGUUAUGCAGUCGACAUAAUCGAAGAGACGGGUGAGGUAUGGGAGUGGGAGGAAGGUCACGCGGCUCGCGCGGCGCAUCUCCAGACGAUCAAGGCCUUUUGCGAGAAAUCAGCCGCAAAGAGCCUGCAGCAUGGUGUAUACGAAAGUCAAGAAAGGCAGGAUGAAGCAGUGUGGCGGGCGCCCAUUGGUGACCUGUACUGGACCCUAACAAGAACCUACCACAGAGCCAACUUGACCGACAAAAGCGACUAUGAAGACUGCAUAAGCGUCCUGACAACCCUUACCGAGUACGAGACGCUCACGCCAGAAGACCGGCAGGAGCGCUUCGAGGAAUUCUUCGCUCGAAGCCCUGGCCAGGCCAUGUACGGCGAAAACAUGGACAAGAUGACGGGCAAACGUCCCUUCACGACGCGGCGGCAGGGUUACGUGGGCAUGGGCCCGGCCGACGCACGUCCGGGCGAUGUGGUGGUGAUACUGCUCGGUUCUCGGAUCCCGUACGUCCUGAGACCGUCCGGAGAUGGGACGACUACGAGGCAGGAGAACACGUAUCGUUUCGUCGGGGAAGCGUACUGCGAUGGUGUGAUGUAUGGCGAGGUGUUAGUUACUAAGCGGGUGCCAAAGACCACCUUCUUCGUGGUCUGA